AUGAAGUUCAACUCCUUCACCAGGGCUGUGCCCAUUCUUUCGUCUCUCUUUUUCCCCAUUGCAUCCGCCCAGACCGGUGCUUACUACACCGAUGCAGACACCGGCAUCAAGUUCUGGGAGUACACGGUGCCGACUGCCCAGACCACUGGUGGCUUCCAGUUCGGUAUGGCUCUGCCCGGCGAGGCGGGUACCAGCGACGCCGAAUACAUCGGCCACAUGGUCGGUGCCCUCCAAGAUGGCGCGGGCUGGUCCGGUAUCUCUCACGGCGGCAGCAUGACUUCUGCCCUGCUCCUCCUUGCCUGGGCCGAUGGCGACAACGUCCUGACUUCGUUCCGUUUCGCCAGCGGCUACACCACUCCCGAGAUCUACGCCGGCAAUGCAACCGUCUCGGAGAUUUCCCACAAGGUCAACGAGACCCACUGGGAGCUCAUCUACCGCUGCCAAUGGUGCUUUGCCUGGGACCACAACGGUGCCACUGGCUCGCAGCUCCCCACCGGCCAGGUCGAGGUGAUUGGCUGGGUCCAGGCCAACGACUCUCCCAGCCCCGUCGAUGACUCCACUGGUACCAUUGUUCAGCACGACAACGGCAUGGGUCAGUAUGGCCACAUUGUUGCCAGCGCUAGGAACACCGCCUACUCCACCUGGGCUUCUUCGGCUACCACCGUGCCUACCACCACUGCCGCUCCUAACGGCACCGCCACCGCCACCUCUGCUCCUGUUGCCAGUUGCACUGCUACCAAUGUCCCCACCGAUACCUAUGAUUACAUCAUCGUCGGCGCCGGUGCUGGUGGCAUCCCUCUUGCUGACAGGCUCAGUGAGUCUGGCAAGAGUGUGCUUCUGAUCGAGAGGGGUCCUCCCUCCUCGGGCCGCUGGGUCGAGGGUGACAUGCCCCACACCAACUGGAGGCCUGAGUGGCUCGAUGGUACCAACUUGACCCGCUUCGACGUUCCUGGUCUCUGCAACGAGAUCUGGCAAGACUCUGCCAACAUCGCUUGCAACGACAUUGACCAGAUGGCCGGCUGCGUUCUUGGCGGUGGUACCGCUGUCAACGCUGCCCUUUGGUGGAAGGCCCCGGCUAUUGACUGGGACUACAACUUCCCCACUGGCUGGAAAUCGACGGAUAUGCAGUCUUCUGUUGAAAAGGUCUUCGGCGUCAUUCCCGGCACCGACACUCCCUCCAUGGAUGGCGAGCGUUACUACCAGGAGGGCUUCAACGUUCUUCAGAACGCACUUGCGGCUUCCAACUGGAAGCAGGUCACUGCCAAUGAUUCUCCCGAUCAGAAGAACAGGACCUUCUCCCAUGCUCCCUUCAUGUACGCCAAUGGUGAGCGUGGAGGUCCUAUGGCCACCUACCUCGUGAACGCCGCCGCCCGCGACAACUUCAAGCUCUGGAUGAACACCUCUGUUCGCCGUGUCAUCCGCACCGGUGGCCACGUCACUGGUGUCGAGGUCCAGUCCAACGGCGAUGAUGGCUACUGUGGUACCGUCAACGUUACUGCCAGCAGUGGCCGUGUCAUUCUCUCGGCUGGUACCUUCGGCUCCGCCAAGAUCCUGUUCCGCAGUGGCAUUGGACCACAGGAGCAGCUCGCGGUUGUCAACGCUAGCAGUGUCGAUGGCGACUCUAUGAUCGAUGACAGCCAGUGGAUCAACCUUCCCGUUGGCCACAACCUUGAUGACCACACCAACACCGACGUCCAGGUUACUCACAACAACGUCACUUUCUACGACUUCUACGGCGCCUGGACCUCUCCUAUCGAGGCCGACAAGGAGUCCUACCUGAAUGAGCGUACUGGCGUCAUGGCUACCUCUGCCCCCAACAUCGGCCCUAUCAUCUGGGAUGAGAUCACCGGUAGCGAUGGCAUCGCUCGCCAACUCCAGUGGACUGCUCGCGUUGAGGGUGACACCAACAAGUCCAUGACCAUCUCCCAGUACCUGGGCCGUGGUUCCACUUCCCGUGGUGUGCUGUCCAUCACCUCGGGCCUGUCCAUACAAGUGUCCACUGCGCCAUACCUGCGCACCGAUGAGGACAAGGCGGCCGUCGUCCAAGGUAUCAAGAAUUUGAUGUCGGCGCUCUCCAAGGACCCGAGCAUCGUCUUCACCGUGCCUGCCGCCAAUACUACCGUCGAAGAAUACGUCGAUAGCUUGCCUGUCACUCCCUCGAAGCGCCGCGCCAACCACUGGAUUGGCUCCGCAAAGAUGGGUACCGACAGCGGCCUGGUCGGCGGCACUUCCGUCGUCGACACCGACACACUCGUAUACGGCACCGACAACCUCUACGUUGUCGACGCGUCCAUCUUCCCAGGCAUGGUCACGACCAACCCGUCCGCUCUCAUCGUUGCCGUUGCCGAGAAGGCCGCCGAGAAGAUCCUGGCCGCCGAGCCUGCUGAGGCAGUUCCGAAAUACUACCAAUGCGGCGGUCGCAACUGGACCGGCUCCAGGCACUGCGAAGAGGGCCUGACGUGCACGCACUACGAAGGUAAUGCGGAUUACAUGCAGUGCAUAUAA